CUGGCCACUUCCUCUUUCAGCUCGCGAGUGAGCAAUGAAUUAGGAGCAGGAAAUCCAAAAUCAGCCUCAUUUUCUGUUUUGGUGGUGACCGUGAUUUCUUUUAUAAUAUCAAUUAUAAUAACACUUUUGGUGAUUGCAUUAAGAGAUGUCAUUAGCUAUAUCUUUACCGAUGGAGAAGAGGUUUCUACUGCUGUUUCAGAUCUUUGUCCGCUCCUUGCCCUUUCCAUUGUUCUCAAUGGCGUUCAACCUGUCUUAUCAGGGGUGGCUGUUGGAUGUGGAUGGCAACGUUUUGUUGCAUAUGUAAAUGUUGGUUGUUAUUAUGAAAUUGGUAUACCUUUAGGUUCGAUUCUUGGUUUUUAUUUCAAAUUUGGUGCCAAGGGAAUAUGGUUGGGAAUGUUAGCUGGGACAAUUUUGCAAACAAUUAUUUUAGUGUGGUCCACAUUUCGAACCGAUUGGACUAAAGAGGUUGAAGAAUCAAGAAAGAGGUUGAACAAGUGGGAGGACAAGACUGAUGAUAUGCACCUUAAGAACAGAGAGGCCCUUUGUUUUGAAAUGUGAUUAAGAUGUCAUAACUUCAAUUAAACCAGUGUUGUGAUAUAAAUUAAAUGAGUUUCUAUUUUUUUCUUGAAAAAUAAAAACUAUAAAAAUAUGUUAAUGUCAUGUAAAAUUCAGUAUAUGAUUAUUUGUGUUCAGAUGAUUGUGAGGAAGUGAUGCAGAUUCGUUGGCAAUGUAUAUAAUCAUAAUACAUUAUGCUAGGGAUGAUAUGAUAUGUUUAUGGUUGCUUUCUAUUGUAAUUUUUUGAAUAAAAUUAUUACGAUUUCACCA